AUGCCAAACGCUAAAUUGGAAAAUUUAAAACUAUUGCUCUUCAAAGUAGGCAAUGUUCAUGAUACAGAAUCCACGGCUAAAGUGAAAGAUGAUUGGGCCUUGCAGACUCUUGAUACACGGAAGAAAAUUGUAAUCUUCACCUUUUCCUUGGUCAAUUUCUGUAAUUAUGCGUGUUAUUCCUUGCUUGGUCCUUUUUUUCCUUUUGAGGUAAGCGUUUCAGCAUUUAAAGUUGGUCUAGUUGGAUACAAGUCUGCCACAAAAAUGGGUGGAUUUUGCGAGGAGAAAAUGAUGAUUUUGGAUCUCUCGGACAAUGAAAUUGAGAAACGUAGAAAAUAUCGUGAACGUGUUAUGUUCUGGAUUUUAAUGUGGACUUCGUUUUUGGGCUAUGUGAUGUUUUCUAUGCCUGGUCCCCUUUUACCCUUAGAGAAGGUGAUCUACUGUUUUACUAAUGUCUGUUACACCAGACAUCGCCAAACUCUGGGUUAUAUUCCAGAAGGUGAUCCACUGUUACAGAAAAACCAGACAUCACCAAACUCUGGGUUAUAUUCCAGAAGAGGGUGGUCUAGCGUUGUACUAUUGUCUGUUACUGCAACACCAGACAUCACCAAACUCUGUGUGGCUGGAAAGAAAGGCACCUCCCAAACUACUGUUGGUUUUAUAUUUAGUUGUUUUGAGUUCGUCAUCUUUGUUACCUCUCCUAUUUUUGGAUAUUUUUUAACAAAAAUAGGACCCAAGUUUUUGUUUGUUUCUGGUAUUUUUAUAUGUGGUUGCUGCUCUGUUUCAUUUGGGUAA